AUGGAGAACGAACGAGCCAUACCUGAUGAAAAGCGCCCCGCAGACGAAGAUACGAAGCGCAGAGCAGUGGUCGCGGACGCCCAAGAAGCCAAUACAAAUGAGCACACAUUGACCGUGAAGCAAGCCUUGAAAGCAUACCCAUGGGCGUUGUUCUGGACAUUGGCUUGCUCCAUGUCCAUCAUAAUGGAAGGAUAUGACAACAUUCUGAUCACGAGUUUUUUCGGCUUUCCCACGUUCAAACGGACCUUCGGUCAAUAUUAUGCCGAAAGAGAAGACUGGGAGAUUCCUGGACCAUGGCAAUCCGUACUGAGCAGUGGGCCUGUUGCCGGAUCAAUCCUUGGGGCGUUUCUCAAUGGGUUCAUCAUUCAUCGACAUGGAUUCAGAUUCGCGUUCAUGCUCGGUCUUACUAUGAUGAUUGGUUUCGUUUUCAUUUCAUUCUUUGGUCGAACAGUCGAGAUUCAGACUCUUGGCCAAGUUUUUAUCCCAUGGGGAAUGUUUGCAACAAUCGGACCUGCAUACGCAUCGGAGAUAUGCCCCCUGGCCUUCCGGCCAUAUUUAACGGCUUAUGUCAACGUGUGUUUUGCAAUCGGCCAAUUUAUCAGUGCCGGGGUAAUACAAAGCUUGGUCGACAGAACUGAUGAGUGGGCAUACCGAAUCCCAUUCGCGCUCCAGUGGAUAUGGCCCGCUCCAUUGCUAUGCAUCUCUUGGUUCAUGCCGGAGUCUCCAUGGUGGCUUGUUCAAAAUGGUCGGUACAAGGAAGCUGAGCGAUCUGUUGAAAGAUUUAUGGCCAGUUUUGAGAAACCCAAAGCUGCAAAGGUGGUUGCGAUGAUGAUCCACACCAACCAGAUUGAACAGGAAAUGCAGUCUGGAACCUCAUAUCUGGACUGCUUCCGCGGAACCGAUCGGCGUCGCACUGAGAUUGCUUGUACUGUAUUUGCAGGUCAGAUUCUUUGCGGUGCCCCAUUGGCCUUCAGCGCUACUUACUUCUUCCAACAAGCUGGGCUCAGCACCGAGAACUCAUACAAAAUCGGGCUAGCUGGUACUGCCAUCGCCUUUCUCGGAACCACCGCUUCUUGGCUCUUGAUGGCCAGGUUCGAUCGUCGGUCGAUUUACCUGUUUGGAAUGGCCUUUAUGAGUAUUUGCCUUUUGAUAAUUGGCUUGCUCGAUCUACCCAUUAGGAAGCAGACCAUUGCGAAUGCGCAAUCAGCACUUUGCAUUGUCUGGUUACUGGCAUUCUCCCUGUCCGCAGGGCCCAUCGGAUGGACUGUUCCUGCCGAGGUAUCGUCCACCAGGCUUCGGUCGAAGACAAUUUGCUUGGCAAGGAACACCUAUUAUAUAUGUCAGAUAAGUUCCAACAUAAUCCAGCCAUACAUGCUAAAUCCAACGGAAUGGAAUUGGCAAGGUAGAACCGGCUUCUUUUGGUUUGGAUUCUCGUCUCUUACGUUCCUCUGGGCGUUCUUUAGAAUGGCGGAAACUAAAGGUCGAACUUACGAAGAGCUCGACAUAUUGUUCGCUGCCAAGGUUCCAACUAGGCAAUUUUCCCGGUGUGACAUUAGUCCACAACAGGGAGAGUAA